AUGCAUUUCUUUUGGAGUACUGGUCUGCGCUCAUCAUCAGCACGUCGUCUUCUACAACUCAAACGAUUUCAAUCUACAAAAGCUACUACUUCAAAGGAUAAUAAAACACUUUUUACUUAUGGAAAAGACGGACAUUAUUUUCUAGAUCGAAUUGAUCCCACUGAAUCCAAAUUUUCAAAAAUUUUGAUUGCAAAUCGAGGUGAAAUUGCCUGUCGUAUUAUUCGAACAUGUAGAGCGAUGGAUAUUAAAACAGUAGCCGUCCACAGUGAUGUUGACUCACAUUCAUUAUUUGUUAAAAUGGCUGAUGAAGCCAUUUGUAUUGGUCCUGCUCAAGCUAGAUUAAGUUAUUUGAAUGAAGAUAUUAUAUUAGAAGCUGUUAAAAAGACCGGUGCUGAAGCUGUUCAUCCCGGUUAUGGUUUUCUUUCAGAAAAUACAAAAUUUGCAAAAAAACUCGCUGAUAAUAAUGUUGAAUUUAUCGGCCCAUCAAGUAAAUCUAUUCAAGAUAUGGGUGAUAAAAUUCAUAGUAAAGUAAUUGCUCGAAAAGCUAAUGUAUCUAUGAUACCUGGUUAUGAUGGUGAAGUUAAAGAUGAAGUUGAAUGUGUUCGUGUUAGCAAUGAUAUUGGUUAUCCUGUUAUGAUUAAAGCAUCAGCCGGAGGUGGUGGUAAAGGAAUGCGUGUUGCAUGGAAUGAUAAAGAAGCUCGGGAAAAUUUUCUAUUAAGUAAAAGUGAAGCAGCAUCAAGUUUUGGUGAUGAUCGUAUGCUUGUUGAAAAAUUUAUUGAUAAUCCACGUCAUAUUGAAUUUCAAGUUCUUGGAGAUAAACAUGGAAAUAUAAUUUAUUUGAAUGAACGUGAAUGUUCAAUUCAAAGACGAAAUCAAAAAGUAAUUGAAGAAGCACCAAGUGUUUUUCUUGAUAAAGAAACACGACGAAAAAUGGGUGAAGAAGCUGUACAAUUAGCUAAUGCCGUUGGAUAUUAUUCAGCUGGUACUGUGGAAUUUAUGGUUGAUUCAAAACGUAAUUUUUAUUUUCUUGAAAUGAAUACUCGACUUCAAGUUGAACAUCCAAUUACAGAAGCCACUACGGGUGUUGAUCUUGUUCAUCAAAUGAUUCGAGUUGCUAAAGGUCAUAAAUUACGAUUCAAACAAGAGGAUAUUGGUGUACGUGGUUGGUCUAUUGAAUGUCGUGUUUAUGCAGAAGAUCCAUAUAAAUCUUUUGGUCUUCCAUCAAUUGGUCGUCUUACCUCAUAUAAAGAUCCCAGUGAUAUUCCGAAUGUUCGUUGCGAUAGUGGUAUAACUGAAGGUAGUGAAAUUAGUUUAUAUUAUGAUCCAUUAAUUUGCAAAUUAACUACUUUUGGAAAAGAUCGACAAGCAGCAUUAGCAACCAUGGCUCAAGCAUUAGAUUCCUAUGUUAUUCGAGGUGUUACAAAUAACAUUCCAUUAUUGAGAGAUAUUAUAACUGAACAACGUUUUGUCAGUGGGGAUAUUAGUACAAAAUAUUUGCCACAAGUUUAUCCUGAAGGAUUUAAAGGCAAACAAUUAAAGGAUACAGAACGUGAAAGUUUACUUGCAUUAGCAGCAUGUAUUGCUGUUAAAAGUGCUAUACGAGAUCGAUCAUUUAAACAAUCAACGAAAGGUAUGGCACCAAAAAAUUAUGGUUAUGAAGUUAAACUUGGAGAUUUUAAACGUCAUAUACGUGUUACACCAACUGAAAAAGAUGGAGUUAAAUUAUUUGAAGUCGAUAUGGAUGGUAAACAAAUAAUAAAAAUUGAUGAUAGUUUUAAAUUAGGUGAUCAUGUUAUAAACAUUAAUUUUAAUGGUCAACCAUUUAUCAUGCAGUUAUUUAAAAUGGAUGCAAUAGGAAAUGUUACAUUGAUCUAUCUUGGAACUAAAUAUGAUCUUCGUGUAUUACCUGAGCGUGCUGCAAAAUAUAUGCCAAUUAUGCCUGAAAAGAAACAACUUGAUUUAGCAUCAGUUCUUAUUUCACCUAUGCCUGGUAUUGUUAAAUCUGUUAGUGUCAAAGUUGGACAACGAGUAACUGAUGGACAAGAAGUUUGUGUUGUUGAAGCAAUGAAAAUGCAAAAUAAAUUAACUACUGGUCGAGCUGGAGUGAUUAAAAAUAUUCGUAUUAAAGAAGGUGAAACAGUUGAAGAUGGAAAAAUAUUAAUUGAAUUAGAAUAA